GUGACAGCGAGACCCCAAAAGAUUCUUCGGAAGCUUACGGCCAAAACCAGACGCAGUCAGGGAGAGAGAGAGAAUGAUGGAUGAGGGAGAGAUGAUUCUUACCAGACGGAGUCUCUAUAUAUGAAUGUCUGCGUUGGAUUCGGUCUAAUAUAGCAACUGCUUAGGAGGAAGAGUAGCAACUGAUUAGGAGGAAGAGCAGCCGCCGGCGUCGAUGGAAACAGUAGCAUACGAGGGACAAGUUGACGGCACAGUAGCGGUGGUGAUGGUGCCGCUCACGGCGCAAAGCCACCUCGCGCAGCUCCUCCACCUUUCGCUCUUCCUAUGCUCGCGCCGAGGACUCGCAGUCCACUACGCGUCCACCACCACGCACGUCCGCCAGGCCAUCUCCCGCCUCCAACCUGAGUGGUCCUCCUUCGCCAACGCCAUCUCGUUUCACGAGCUCCCCAUUCCUCCUUUCCGCAGCCCGCCCCCGGAUCCCACGGCCGGCACCAAGUUCCCCGCCCACCUCCAGCCCUUAUUCGACGUCUUCGAGCACCUCCGCACCCCCGUCGCCGCGCUCCUCCGCUCCCUCUCUGCUUCCUCCCGCCGAGUCGUUGUCAUCCACGAUCAGCUCGCCUCUUUCGCCGCUGAUGAGGCAGCCGCCUUUCCCAACACUGAGUCCUACGUCUUUUACUGCGUUCCCGCCCUGUUCCAGAUCAUCUUCGCACGACCCUCCGUCGCCCUCGAGCUGAGCCGUGAUCACGGCCUCACCCUUCCGUCCUUGGAGGGCAUGAUCACCGAGGAGUUCGUGGCCUUCAUCCGACGGCAGUUGGCAACUUACAAGACUGUUGACGCCUCCGGAAUGCUCUUUAACACGUGUCGCGUGCUCGAGGGUGAGUUCCUCGAUAUGCUUGCGCAAGAACCCGAGUACUGCAGCAAGAAGCUGUUUGCCAUCGGCCCACUGAGUCCGUUAGCCGUCGUCGCCGGCGAGCGUCUAGCGAGCUCCCACGAUUGUUUGAAUUGGCUGGACGAGCAACCGCCGGCGUCGGUGGUGUACGUGUCGUUCGGGACGAUGACAACGAUGUCCGGUGAGGAGGUGAGGGAGCUGGCGCAGGGAUUGCUGCUCAGCCAGCAGCGGUUUCUGUGGGUGCUGAGAGACGCCGACAGGGGCGACAUAUUCGCUGCGGAAGAGGGCGACGACGGCCGGCGGAUGAAGCUGGCGGCGGAAUGGGAAGAGAAGGUGGGAAAGCGGGGGAUGGUGGUGCGCGAGUGGGCGCCGCAGCUGGACAUUCUAGCCCACCAGGCGACAGGGGCGUUCUUCAGCCACUGCGGGUGGAACUCGUGCUCAGAGAGCCUAUGCCUGGCCGUGCCGAUGGUGGCGUGGCCGAUGCACUCCGACCAGCCCAUCAACACUGCGCUGGUGGUGGACUACCACGGCGCGGGCGUCGCGGUUCGGGGUAGCGGCGAGGCAGUGGGGCGGGAGGAGAUCGCGGCAGCCAUCAGGCGGGUGAUGGUGGGGGAGGAAAGCGAGGGUGUGAGGCGGCAGGCUAGGGCACUGGGGGAAGCGGUGCGGGCGGCGGUGGCCGACGGCGGAGCGUCUCGUGCCGAGCUGGACGCCUUCGUUGCUCUGAUCACCAGAUAAAACCCAAGUCAAAUUUUCUAUUUAUAAAACUAAAUAAAUUACUAGAAGGGUCGUAUCUACUGUUUAAGAUCAAUUGUCUACUAAGAGCAUCCAUAAUGAUAUUAGGAUUUGAGACAUUAACGCCAAAGUGGAUGUAG